GAGUGUUGGGGAGAGAGCUGGAUGGGCUGGGGGGACGCGAGAGAGACGGGGAGGAGGGGAAAUAGAAAGAAAGGAGUCUUAGGGCCGGAAUCCCGGGUCUGGAGUGCACCGUAAAGAUAACCUCGUAUUGUCGAGGAACCUGAAGUUCACAGUGGACCAGGGACUGACUCAAGGGCAAAAUGGCAGCACCGCAGCUCUCCCGACUCUCAGUUCAUCGUGCCCUGAAAGUGUCCGAUGGGGCGGCCCCGGUGAGGCGGGGAAGGAGGAGGCGUGGCCCCUGCGCUCGGGAAGCUCUUCGAGGAGAAAACUCGGGCCCAGGGGACAGGAGGGGGCGGGGACCAAGAGAGAAAAAGUGAGGACGAGAAAUAGAAGUGAGAAAGGAUGCGGUCGUGGAACCGGAGCAGGUUCCGUCCGGAGCCUUGGCUCCUGACGUUCCCUUUUUCUGGCGUGUCACCAGCUCAAGUCUUUGCGGAUUCCUUAUAUUUCAUGGCAGGAGGGGUGGAUAAACCUAGGAAUAGUGAAGACAACAAGAAAUUAAUCCAGAGCUUUCCUCAUAGCUCAGAACCUAUCCUCAGUAAGAAUGUCAGAUAGGGUUGACUGGUUACAAAGCCAAACUGGAGUUUGCAAAGUUGAUGUCUGUUCCCCCGGAGAUGGCCAACCCCAGGACUGGAAACUGUUGGAUGAAUCCUUGUCCAUUUUUAAGGAAGCCUCACAUGAUCCCAUCAGAGUGCUCAGCUGGCUCCGCAGAGACCUGGAAAAAAGCACAGCAGGGUUCCAAGAUGUUAGAUUCAAGCCUGGAGAAGCAUCAUUUGGUGGGGAAAUGGUCAACUCAGGAGACCCACGCAAAAGUUUCUGUGUGGACUAUUAUAACACCACCACCAAGGGCAGUCCAGGGAGAUUGCAUUUUGAGAUGAGUCACAGAGAGAACCCUUGUCAGGGCCCCAGUGCCCACGUUGCUAACAGGAGCUCAGUAGACGAAGUUUCCUUCUACGCCAGUCGCCUCACAAAUCUCGUCAUAGCCAUGGCCCGCAAGGAGAUCAACGAGAGGAUUGACGGUUCUGAGAACAAAUGCAUCCAUCAGUCAGUGUACAUGGGGGAUAAGCCCGCACCCAACAAAAGCCUGAGCAAGGUGGCAUCAGAGCUGGUGAACGAGACUGUCUCUGCCUGUUCCAAAAACUCCACCUCGGAUAAGCCUCCUGGCUCCUGUGACAGAGCCUCAGGAUCAUUACAGAGUCCCCUGAAUUUAAAAUACAAAAGCGCUUUGAAGAUCAAGGACAGCACCAAGGAAAGCAGGAGUCCAGACGACAAGCCUUCUUCUAAGAAGUCUUUCUUCUAUAAGGAAGUGUUUGAAUCUUGUAACGCAAGCGAUGCCACAGAGGGCAGAAGGUCCUUACCCGCAGAGGGAGAGAUGUUCAGAGAGCAGGAAAGGCCCGAUGACUUCACAGCUUCUGUCAGUCAAGGGAUCAUCACCUACGCUAACAGUGUGGUGUCUGAUAUGAUGGUCUCCAUCAUGAAGACACUGAGGAUCCAAGUGAAGGACACGACCGUUGCCACCGUCCUGCUAAAGAAGGUCCUGAUAAGGCACGCGAAAGAGGUGGUCUCAGAUCUCAUCGACUCCUUCAUGAAGAACCUCCAUGACGUCACAGGGGCCCUCAUGACUGAUACGGACUUUGUCUCGGCCGUGAAAAGAAGUCUCUUCUCUCAUGGAAGCCAGAAGGCCGCAGAUAUCAUGGAUGCCAUGCUGGGUAAACUCUAUUCAGUGAUAUUUGCCAAGAAACCUCCUGAGACUGUCAGGAAAACCAAGGACAAGUCUGAGAGUUAUUCCCUCAUGUCCAUGAAAGGAAUCAGUGACCCUAAAAACCGAAACCUCAACUUUGCAUCCAUGAAAUCUGAAGGUAAAUUGAGGGAAAAAAUAUGCCCUCCUGCACCCAAACCCGAGAAGGAGAAGACUUGUGUUGAAACUCUGGGUGAGCACAUCAUCAAGGAGGGACUGUCCCUGUGGCAUAAAAAUCAGCAGAUUGAAGGAAAAUCUCCAGGUUUCCAGUGUGCACCGUUUGUAGCUUCCAACAAACAGUAUAAACCUGCGCCAGACUUUCCCUUGGGAGUUCCUUUGGAUCCUUGCAACGUCAGUCCGUCUGUGCAUCACCCAGAGCAACUGGAGAAUGUUAUGUAUGAUUCAGACUCCUGGGCCAAGGACCUGAUCGUAUCUGCCUUACUUCUGAUUCAGUACCACCUGGCCCAGGGGGGAAGCAUGGGUGCACAGAGCUUCCUUAAAGCUGCUGGCAGCACCAACUUGCAGGCCAACAAGUCCCCUGCAGUUUCCGAUGAGUCCGGCCUUAGGUCUCCUCAUAUGGGGGUUGACCAAGAAGAAGCAGAAAAGAAGGGUCUGAUGAGCGCUUUCUUCAACUUCAUCCGGAACUUACUCGGUGAGACCAUUUUCAAGAGCGACCGUAUCUCUGAACCCAAGCCAACUAAGGAAGAAGACAGUCCCCAGUGUGAAAGACCUGUAACUCCUUCUCCCAUCAAAUUAAAUGAAGGCGAUGAGGCUGGAGGUACUUUUGCUGGGCUGACCAAGAAGGCUGCUAACCCGCUAGAUGACCACAUGAACGGGCAAAUGGUAGAACAUCUGAUGGACUCAGUGAUGAAGUUGUGUCUCAUUAUUGCCAAGUCCUGUGACUCUCCGUUGGCAGAACUAGGAGAUGAUAAGCCUGGGGAUACCAACUGGCCAACUUCAGCCUCCCCAGAUAGUUUACGUGAGUGUUUGCCAACCAAGGGCACAGGGACAGCAGAGGUCCUCCUGAAGAAUGCUUAUGAAGCUAUCUAUAACGAAUUGAGAGGUCUGUCAGGACAGCUCCCCGAAGGGUGUGCAGCUCCCAAAGUGAUUGUCAGCAGUCGCAACCUAACCGAUACGCUUCAGAACAAGCAACUCCAAGCCGUUCUUCAGUGGGUGGCCGCCUCUGAGCUCAAUGUCCCCGUUUUGUACAUUGCUGGUGACGAUGAAGGGAUCCAGGAGAAGUUCUGAAUCAAUUGAGAAGUAAGUCCAAAGAAUAAGGCAGAUGGAAAGUCAGCUUAUUACUGUUAUUACUGAUAAAGGUAAGUGUGCCUCCUAACUCCUUUCUUCUCCCAGUUUAGGCCUUGGAACUGCUCACUGAAGGGAAAUUUGGGGUCCAGAAAGCUUUUAUUUAUGUAGUUGCUGUUUCAUGCUAGUGUGGGAGAAUUAAGAGAGACCGUCUGUACAACACACACACACACACACACACACACACGCACACAGGAUUUUUUAUUAUUUUCCCUCAAUUGAGAAAAGUAGAACAAGGGCAUUUUAAGUAGUAGGAGGUGGCACAAAAGGCUGGGAUUAUUUAUGAAAAGCAUUCAUCUUCUUAGAAACCAGAGGACGUGGAGGAAGAGGCUUUCUCUGUUUAAUAUGUGGUAUUAGUAAUCCUUGUAACUGGGUUACUUGGUUUAUCUGAUGACCGGGAAGACACAGUGUAGCAUACAGAAUAGGCCACACUCAGCCUAAAUGAGAAACUGUGUCAUCUGUAGACUUGCUACUCGUGUGGUCUGUGGACCAACAGCAUUGGCAUCGCCUGGGAGCUCAGUACAAGUGCAGAACCUGAGGCUCCACUCCUGACCUGCUGAGUCAGAAUCUUCGCUUUAGCAAAAUCCCCAGGUGAUUUGUGUGCACGUUCCAUUUAGGCUAAAGGACGGAACGUGGAGAUCCAAUCUUAGAUUUACCGCUAAGAGUCCUCGUCAAGUUCUGUCUCUUUACAGUUUUUCCAAUCUGUACAACAGACAACUGUUUUGGCACGUAGCAAUUAGCGGAUGGGCCUGUAUUCACAAAAGCUCUAGACUGGUGAAAAAAGUCUAAAAAGCCUAGCUUUCAUGUGUACAAUGUGUGAAACAGGCUUUGUUCGGACACCAUCUUUUAAGUCAACCUCAUCAUACGUAACAUACAUAACACAUUCUGAUUUUAGAUUACUUUGAAUUAGAAUGUCUAUGAUCUAAUUCUCUAAAAUGAGCACAGUAGACUUGCAGGCCUCCUUGUUCUACACACACGCACGUCUUUGCCCAAAGUAAAGACUAUCAUCUAUUUUCUUAAAGGAGAGGAGUGGAAAGGGUGAGCGGCAGCACAUCCAGACUUCAGCUAAUGAGUGGAUUUGCACUGAGCAUCAGUGGAUUUUUAAGAACGGUUGGAUGAAGUAUACAUCAAAGAAACUACCUAAAAAUGAGUCGCAAUUUUUUUUUGGAAAGAGAUUUGAUUAACAUAUGCAAAUAUUUUCAUGCUGAUGCAGGUGAUUGAACCUGGUAACACUGGGAUGCCCAUGAGCCCAAUUCCUUUAAACAAAUUUGCAUCCAUUUUUGAAUAGGUAAUGUGUGCAUAGUUCAAAAUCCAAAGACCUUGGAACUGCUUGAAUUUCUCAUCUUUAUCUCCCAUCCCAUUGCCCUCCCUGGAGAAAACCAUUCUGAUCAAUUUCUUGUUUAUCCUUCCAGAAAUGCUUAUGCAUGUACAAGUUAAUACUUAUAUAUACUUAUCUUUUUUUAAGUCACAAAUGGUGGUCUUUUAUCUAUGUGUAUAUAUUCUCUUCUGCAACAUACAGAGUUGCCACGUUCUUUUCUAAUGGCUGCAUAUUUGCUGUAUGCAGGUGCUGUGUGUAACCACUCUUCUAUGGAUGGACAUUUCAGUUACCAGUAUUUUGCUGCUAUAAGCAGUGCUGUACGCAGAUUCAAAUGUAUCUGAACGUGUGCUUGUAGAUUUGAUAUGUAUUCCCCAAUGCCUUUUAUAGAGCUUGCACCAACAGUAUGACAGUGCCUAUUUCCCACAGUUUAACCAACAGUCCAUUCCAGACUUUUGACCUUUGCCAAGUGUCGCCUUACUUUUCACAUGUCUUAUUAGGAACGAGGGUGAAUACCUUUUCAUAUGUUUAAGAGCCAUUUUUGAAUUUCCUUUUUCAUGGAUGAAUUACUUGUUCAUGCCCUCUGCCCAUUUUUCUCUUGGGUUGUUGGUCUUUUUUUCUUUAUCUCUGAGAGUUUUUUUAUAUGCAAGGAAAUUAUUAGCCUUUGUGAUAUUAAAUGUGAUAUUUUUAUCAUUUGACUUUUGAUUGGUGUUUUUUGUUGUUUUUGCCAUACAGAAUUUUUUAAAUGUUUAUGUAGUCAAAUAUGAGUUUAUCUUUUAUUUUUCCUAGAUUUUGUGUCAUAUUUUGGAAAACAUUCUCUACCACAAAAUAUUAACAAAACUUCCCCAUGUUUUUCUUCUAGUACUUUUAUGAUUUUUUAAAAAAAUGUUUAAGACUUUGAUCCAUGUUGAAUUUGUUUUCAUAUAAGAUGUGAUGUAGGGAUGCAAUCUCUUAUUUUUUUCCAGAUAGCUGUCUUUUUUUUUUUUUUAACAUCUUUAUUGGAGUAUAAUUGCUUUACAAUGUUGUGUUAGUUUCUGCUGUAUAACAAAGUAAAUCAGCUAUACAUAUACGUAUAUCCCCAUAUCCCCUCCCUCUUGCGUCUCCCUCCCACCCUCCCUAUCCCACCCCUCUAGGUGGUCACAAAGCACCGAACUGAUCUCCCCGUGUGAUGCAGCUGCUUCCCACUAGCUCAGAUAGCUAUCUGUCUUUUUUUUUCUAAGCUUUCUAUUCUAUUCCAUUGAAUCAUUUGUCUAUUCUUACUAGUUUAAUACUAUUUUCAUAGCAUAUUGAUUUAAUUACUGUAAUUCUGUAAUAUGUUUUCAUAUAUGAUAAGGACUAGAGACUCCAUAUUUCUCUGUCUCAGAAAUUUUCUAGGCUAUAUUUCUGUUUCACCACCAGCCAUAGGCAACCAUCAACCUGCUUUCUUGCAUUACAGAUUUGCCUUUCUGACAUUUUGUAUAAUGGAGUCAUAAACUAUGUAGCCUUUUACAUCUGGCUCUGUACACCUAGCAUAAUGUUUUUGAGGUUUAUCCAUACUGCAGUAUAUGUCAGUAGUUCAUUUCUUUUAUUGCUGAAUAUUUCAUUUUAUAUGUUUUCUCUAUCCACUCACCAGUUAAUGGACAUUUGAGUUGUUCCCACUAGUUGCCUGUUACGAAUAACGCUUCUGUGAACAUUCACACACACAUCUUUGUGUGAACAUAACGUUUUCAUUUCUCUUGGGUGACAAGGGGUGUACUUGCUGCAUCUUAUGGUAAGUAUACUUUCUUAAGAAACUGUCAAACUGUUUUCCAAAGCGGCUGUACCAUUUUACGUUCCUACCAGCAAUUUUUGUUGAUUUCAGUUUCUCAUUAUUCUUUGUUUUUAAAUUAUAGCUGUUAUAGUGGUUUCUGACUGUGGAUUUAAUUUGACAUCCAUACAUUAAAAUGACUAAAGAUGUUGAGCAUCUUUUUUAUGUGUUCAUUAGUCAUUCAUAUAUAUUCUUUGGUGAGUUGUCUAUGUAAAUCUUUUGCCCAUAUUUUGACUGGGUUACAAGAAUAUAAAGUUACAAGAAUUCUUUAUGUAUUCUGGAUACAAGUCCUUUAUCAGAUAUAUAUGAUUUGCAAAUAUUUUCUCUCAGUCUGUAUCUUGUCUUUUUACUUAAUGGAGUGCUUCAAAAAGCAAAAGUUGUUAAUGAUGACAUCGAAUUUAUCACUUUUUGCUUUCAUUGCUUGUGCUUUUGAUGUCAUAUCUGAUAAAUCUUUGCUUAACUCAGUGGUUCUCAACUGGAGGCAGUUUUGCCCCCAAAGGACAUUUGGCAAUGCCUGGAGACAUAUUUUUUUGUCACAACUGGGAAGGGGGAGUCUAGUGGGGAGAGGCCAGGGAUGCUAUAAACAUCCUACAGUGCACAGGACAGCCCCUCAGCAAAGAAUCACCUGGCCAUAAGGUCAGUAGAGCCACAUUGCGAAACCCUGACCUAAUAACCAGGGUCAUGAAGAUUCUCUUGUUUGUUUUCUUCUAGAUGAUCAUUUCAGCUCUAAUAUUUAGGUCUGUGACCCAUUUUGAGCUCAUUUUCAUGUAUAAUAUGAGGUAGGUGUCUAGAUUCUAGAUUCAUACUUCUGCGUGUGGGUAUGCAGUUGUCUUCAGCACCUUUGUCAAAAAGACAAAUGGACAUCUGGCCCUUUUGAAUUCUUCCCUCUUUAUACCAACAGAAUCACCAUAAAUGUUGAGGUUCAAGCUCUCUUUGAUUGGUGUUUUCAUGGUACGUCUUCUUCCAUAAUUUUACUUUUAACUUACCUAUAUCAUUUGAAGUGAGUUUUUCCAUAGGCAACGUAAUUAAGUAGGGUCAUGUUUUUUUAAUCUAUUCUGACAGCAGUUGGUGUGUUUAGACCAUUUACAUUUAGCCUAAUUAUUGAUAUGCUUGGAUUUAGGCCUAUUAUUUUAAUGUUAGUUAUGUUCAUUCUCCCUGCUUUUCCUGUUUUUCCUUUUGUUGCCUUCUUUUGGAUUAUUUAAACAUUUUUUGGUUGUCCAUUUUAAUCUAUCGUGUUUUUGUCUAUAUCUCUUUGUGUAGUUUUUUAGUGGUUUCUCUGGGGAUCACAAUAACAUACCUAACCUUUCAGAGUCUAACUAGAGUCAAUCAUUACCACUUAAAUUGGAAUGUAGAAAUGUUCCUACCGUAUAGGUCCCUUUACCCUUCUGCCUUAGGUUGCAGUUAUUUUAUGUAUUUAGUUGCAAAAAUCCUUAGGCAAUGUUAUUUUUGCUUUCAACCAUAAAGCACAUUUUAAAGAUUGGAGGCAAAUCGUUUAUUGUUUAUCCUGAGAUUUUUACUGUCUCUUUUGUUCUUUGUUCACUCCUUAUGUUCCCAGUUUCCUUCUAAUACCAUUUUCCUUUUGCCUGAAGAACAAGAGUGCAUUUUCUGGCAAUGAAUUCUCUUAAUUUAAUCCAAAUUUUUCUUUAUUUGACCUUCAUUCCUGAAGUGUAUGUUUGCUGGACAUAGAAUUCUGGUUUGAUAGUUCUUUUCUUUUAGUGCUUAAAAAAUGCUGUUUCACCUCCUCUGUUCCUCUAUGGUUUCUGACGAGAAAUCUGCUGUCAUUCAAAUUGUUGUUCCCUUAUACAAAAUGUACCAUUUUUCUCUGACUGCUUUUAGAUUAUUUUUUUCUUUUUCUUUAGUUUUCAGCAAUUUGAUUACAACAGGUCUUGAAGUGAAUUUCUUUGGGUUCAUGUUAUUUCAGCUUCACUACGCUUCUUGAAUUUGUCAGUUAUGUCUGUUGGCAAAUAGGGGAAGCUUUCAUUAAGUAUGUUUUCUGUACUCUCCUUUUUCUCCUCUCCUUCUGGGAUUCUGAUGACAUAAAUGUAAAACCUUUUGAAAUUGUUUAUUUUCUCAAUCUUUUUGAAAGAGGUUUAAUCAAUCUCUUACCCUGUUCAGUGCGACACAUUUCUAUUGCUCUUUCUUCAAGUUUACUGGGUUUCCUCUCUCAUCUCCGUCCAUUUAGUUUUCAUUUUGGAUUUUGUAUUAUUGUUUAGUUCCAAAAUUUCCAUUUGGGUCUUCUUUAUAUCUCCUCUUUGUGGAGACUUUGUCUUUCCCUUUGUUUCAGGAACAUCCUUAUGUAUUGGGUUGGCCAAAAAGUUCAUUUGGGUUUUUCCUAAGAUGGUAUGGAAAAACCCGAACGAACUUUUUGGCCAAACCAAUAUUUCAGUCUUUGCAUAGAAUUUCCCCUGAAAAAGCUCCUGAUAUUUGGCCUGUUAAUUUGCCCUUUGACUUUCUCAUACAGUCAGGUGCAGAAUGCACAAAAUAUAAAAUUUGAUUAGUUUGUUGCUGCGAGGAUUCCAGGUGGAAUAGCAAUGUACUGUGCUCAUAUUAGAAUACUUGCUUUGGCUCAUUUUUUCUCAUUUUAAGCUUGGGAAGAGAAUUAAACAUAGGGUUCAGAGACCUGGGUAUGAGUAUUGCCUCCGCUAAUUUCUAGCAUUGUAUUACUGACAAUCUUCACCUCUCCGGGCAGCAUUUUCAUGGGGGUUGAAUGGGUCUUUGAGUCACCUUCCUGCUCUAACAUCCCAGUGUUGUCUGGUCUAUGGGGCAGGGAAAGCAGCACCCACAUUCGUCCUUUGUCUCUGUCUCUCCUGCGCUUGUCAGUCUUGGGACAGUGAUGGAGCCCGUUUUAUGAUGUUACAGUGAACUUAAGAACUUUAGAAUCCUUAGAAGGCAGGAACACCAUUGACCAAACACCCACUGGAAGCAGGAAGUUUUUAGUCGUAGUGGGAAAUCACAUUUUCCGUAUCACGGACAGGGGGAUGUUACUUAAAUUAAGGGCGAUGUAACCACCUUUCUUCUGUCAGACAGGCCAGCGGGCGUCCCGGUUAUGGACAUCUCCUCAGUGUCUCCCUCGAGGCCCUCCCGCUGCAGGGGCUCGUUUGCCCUCGCCUUGGCAGCCCGUCCCCGCCCUCGGUGGGAUGCUCUGCCCCCCACCACUG